ACAAUCUAACCAAUAAAAUACUUUAUAUAAGAAAAAGGUUUCUGUUUUUAUCCUUUAUUUAUAUUUUAUGCGUUUUUAAAUCAUUUCUCUUAAAAAAUAUUUAUUUUUUACUUUAUGACACUAUUUUUUCGAAUACACCAAGAUUACUAUUUUAUCAAAUCAGUUAA